AUGACAGACACGAACGAGACCGGCGAAGUACGCUGCAGUCCAUGCGGUGGUAGUGUCGGCGUACUGUCACAGGCACUACUACGGGUGUUCGUUAGCAAACUGACCAAGAGUGUCGGACUGCGUGGAGUGAGAGCCUCGCGACAGUGCUUGGUUUGGUGGAGGCGACACGACGGCGCGCACUGGCAACGUCGCAGCACGCCGUCGCCAGACGGGAGCAGGGGGGCAUAA